ACAACGUCCACAGCGCACCGACACCAAAAACACUCGGUGAGCGCUCAUGGCAGUGGCAUACACCCUGCCUUCCGACCUCGCGCCGUCGACGGUCGCGAAUACUGCCUCUCUUUUACGCAUCAUCGCUCUAUUCUUCGUCUCAGGCGCUGCAAUCGCGUCGCGUCUCUUUGCUGUCGUAAACUACGAAAGUAUUAUCCACGAAUUCGAUCCAUGGUUUAACUAUCGUGCGACGAGAGUUCUGGCCGAGAAGGGCUUCUAUGAAUUCUGGAAUUGGUUCGAUCCAACCGCCUGGUAUCCUCUCGGCCGUGUCGUUGGCGGUACUAUCUACCCAGGCUUGAUGGCAACUAGUGGUGUCAUCUACAAUGUCCUCCAUUCUCUCAGUCUUCCCGUCGACAUUCGUAAUAUUUGCGUACUGCUAGCUCCCGGAUUUAGUGCUCUGACUGCAUGGUCAACGUACAUGUUCACCAAGGAAAUGAAGGACGAGAGUGCUGGUCUCCUCGCUGCCAUUUUCAUCGGCAUUGUACCGGGCUACAUCUCCCGUUCCGUCGCAGGUUCAUACGAUAACGAGGCAAUUGCAAUCUUUCUCCUCAUGUUCACCUUCUUCCUCUGGAUAAAGGCACUCAAGACUGGUAGCGCGCUUUUCGGAGUUGGUGCAGCCCUAUUCUACUUUUACAUGGUGGCAGCUUGGGGAGGUUACGCCUUCAUCACAAACAUGAUUCCGCUGCACUCUCUUGUCCUGCUCCUUAUGGGUCGGUACUCAAGCCGUCUGUAUGUUGCAUAUUCGUCUUGGUACGCCAUCGGUACACUUGCAAGUAUGCAAGUACCUUUCGUUGGUUUCCAGCCCGUCCGUACAAGCGAGCAUAUGGCCGCACUCGGCGUCUUCGGACUACUCCAGCUCGUCGCAUUCACCGACCUUGUUCGUUCGCAUGUUACAUCGAAGCAAUUCCAAUCGCUGCUUCGUGUAUCCGUUAUCGUACUUGGUGUACUCGGUGCAAUGACCUUCGGUGUCUUGACCAUGAAGGGAUGGAUUGCCCCUUGGACUGGUCGAUUCUACUCGCUCUGGGACACAGGUUACGCGAAGAAGUACAUCCCAAUUAUUGCGUCCGUAUCCGAACAUCAGCCAACGGCCUGGCCCUCGUUCUUCAUGGAUCUUCACUUCCUCAUCGUCCUAUUCCCGGCUGGUGUAUACAUGUGCUUCAACGAGCUCCGUGAUGAACAUGUAUUUGUCAUCAUUUACGCAGUCGUUGCUAGCUACUUCGCAGGUGUCAUGGUUCGGCUCAUGUUGACACUUACACCAUGCGUUUGCGUCGCUGCUGCAGUUUCACUAUCUACUCUGCUUGAUCGUUACAUGGACCCUGCGGAACCAGAUGAAGAGACAUCGAGGGAUGACGCAAGGAGCGAUAGCGGGGUCUCAGAAACAGCAUCGUCUUCUACUCCAGCUCCGGCAACGACAAAGAAGCAGAGAAAGGCUGCAGUAACACCGGUUCCGGCAGAUAACCUCUCAAUGAAGCUCGCAAGUCUCGUUCCCUCCAAAACGUCGGAGAAGCAGCGCGGCAUUUUCGGUCUCGACACACGACUCAUAGUUCUUGCAAAUGCGCUGAUGUUGCUCUUCUCAUUUGUGCUUCACUGCACUUGGGUGACUGCUAAUGCAUAUUCAUCUCCUUCUGUCGUGCUCUCGUCUAACAAUCCGGAUGGUUCUAAGCAUAUCAUUGAUGAUUAUCGCGAGGCGUAUUACUGGUUGCGCGAAAACACACCGGAGGACUCGGUUAUCAUGAGUUGGUGGGACUACGGGUAUCAGAUCGCUGGGUUCUCAGCCAGAACAACUCUCGUUGACAACAACACUUGGAACAACACGCAUAUUGCUACUGUGGGUCGAGCAAUGGCAAGCCCUGAGGAAAAAUCCUACCCGAUUCUUCGCAAGCACGAUGUCGACUACGUUCUCGUCAUCUUCGGCGGUUUACUUGGCUACUCAGGCGACGACAUCAACAAGUUCCUCUGGAUGGUGCGUAUUGCACAGGGAGUCUGGCCAGAGGAGAUCCAGGAACCAAAUUACUUCACGCCGCGUGGUGAAUAUCGUGUUGACGCGCAAGCUUCUGAGACGAUGAAGAAUAGUUUGAUGUAUAAGAUGUCGUACUAUAGGUUCAACGAACUGUUCAUGGGUAACCCACCAGUCGACCGUGUUCGUGGCCAGCAACUCCCAACGAUCGGCCCAACGCUCGAUUAUCUCGACGAAGCCUUCACAUCAGAAAAUUGGAUCGUUCGAAUUUACCAAGUCAAAAAGGAAGACCCACUUGGUCGAGACCAUAAAAGCGCAAAUGCAUUUGCGGAUGGCAAGAAGCGGAAGCGUGGAAGGCCACUUGUUCGCCGCAAGGCACUCGUAUAGUUUCAGCCCUUCUGCCAAUUGGCUUUUUUUUAAGCUUAGUUGGAGUUGUAGAAUCG